GUAUAUCUGGAAAUCACUACCAACAGCAAACUAAAGCAGGAAAUUCAAGGAGAGUAGGUCCAGACAACAGACAAUCAGAGGACAUCAGGUGGACUAGAAGAACAAACUUUGACAGAAGAAGGAUGCUUCAUUUAUUGGUUAUAGCUCUGCUGGGGUUUUCAACAGCACCAGCCUCUACACAACUCUGCACCCAGAACUCUCCCUCCCAUAUCCGUCCGUCCUCAGCUCACAGUGUCAGACCAUCAGAUGUGGCUGUGCUCUCAGUCAUUGGAAUGCCCCCCACACACAGCAGUGAGCUGUCCAGAGUGUUACUGAGAUUUUACGAGUUGCUGGCCAUGUUUAACCCUGCAAUGACCAAUACACUUCCUGCUCAGACAAACCUGUAUUCUGAAUCCUCACAGCACAGGGCUCUUGUUGACCAGGCAAAGGAACUAUCACUCUCCUUCAGGAGUAACCAGGCCAUUAAACCAGAGGACUGGAAGCUAGUAAUGCUGUUCGUUCAGGUGGAUGAACUCUGUGUAUGUCAGGGGCAGGUUAGCGAGACCGUCCAAGCAGCGGUCGGUAACGUGGAUCUGGCCCUGCAGGUGCUGCAUUCACAGCUGAAGAGGACCAUUGUCAAUGUUGCAGUGUGGGACGGAGAGUAUAUACUGAGAGAGGACACAAGAUCUUCUCAUCAGAACAGGAUGUGUCAGUGUAUGCAGGAAAACCAAGAAGGGGAGCUGGGACUACAGAGGGCCAUUCUCACUCAAGUCCUGCAGGAGUCUCUUGAUCGACACCUAGUGGAGAAGCAGUGGUACAGCGACAGAGAUGACUUCACUGUCCGACUGCAGGACUCCCCCUUUAUCACAGUGGAAUCCGCCUCCUUUAUUAGCGCUGCCCCCAGAGCAGGUGCCCUUCACACAGACAACCUGGCAACACAGAUGUGGGCCAACUUGCUUCAGUCCACCACAGGUCAGCACGACACGGGCGACAACGAUAUGAUCAUCUCAGUGCCGUGUCCUAGUGAGGAUCUGCCUUUUCUGAGAACAGAGAGGAAUGCUCCCUCAGAUCACUUCAUUUUGCCAUCUCCUCUUCGGGACCCUAUCAUGGGAACUCAUUUGCCCUGCACGGAUCGUGGCCCGUCCAAUUCUCCACCCACCUCAGUUCACGCCCUGCGACCUGGCGAUAUCAAAGUUGUGGCUGCAGUGGGAGACUCUCUGACAGCGGGUAAUGGUGUUGGAUCGGGUUCUAGCGUGACCAAUCUACUGGACGUCCUGACCCAGUACAGGGGCUUAUCAUGGAGUAUCGGCGGAGACGGGAACCUCAGCACUGUCACCACUCUACCCAAUAUCCUGCGUGAGUUCAACCCCUCCUUGACCGGCUAUUCAGUGGGCAUUGGAAAAGAGGACACACCUCAGGCCUUCCUCAAUCAAGCUGUGGCUGGACAAAAAGCCAACAACCUACCAGAUCAAGUGCGAGCACUGGUGGCUAGGAUGACAAAUGACACGCGUGUUAAUUUCAAAGAAGACUGGAAGGUGAUCACUUUGUUCAUUGGAGGCAAUGACCUUUGUGACUUCUGCUACAACUCUCUGUUUUUCUCCCCUAACAACUUUGUGCGACACAUUCGUGACUCGCUGGAUUACCUUCACACACAGGUGCCGAGGGCCCUGGUCAACCUGGUUCAGCCUCUCUAUAUCCCCGUCCUGAGGCAGGCUCACAUAAACGCCAAUGCCAAUCUUAAGUGCCCUACCUGGCUUACCAGAAUUCUGUGUCCCUGUGUCAUCUCGCCUAAGGAGGGCUCCAAAUCACUUCAGAACCUUGUAGAUCUGAACAGAGAUUAUCAGCGGGAACUGCGUCACCUUGUGGAGUCAGGACGGUACGACACCCAUGACAACUUCACGGUGGUCCUGCAGCCUUUCCCACAGGACCUCAUCGUUCCCCUGACGGAGGAUGGACAUCCUGACCGCACAUAUUUCAGUCCUGACUGCUUUCAUCUCAGUCAGAAGGCCCAGACUCUGAUGGCACGCGGUCUCUGGAACAACAUGUUGGAGCCUCUGGGCGAGAAGACUGAAAAAACAGACUUUGAUCCUUCUGUCCCUCUGAAAUGCCCCUCUAAGACCUCACCAUUCUUACGGACCUAUGUCAACAGCAAUUACAACUAUGAAGGUCCCGCCCCAACCACUCCACCAAUUGCGAACUGGGGAAGUGACUUCUCUUGUGAGAACCUGGCUCCCUCCGCCACUUUGCCUACAUCAGUUCAUAAGCUGAGACCGGGAGACAUCAAAGUGGUGGCAGCGCUAGGAGACUCAAACACUGCAGCAGUUGGAGCCAAGGCAAAGAACGUGUUGGAGCGCAACACACAGUACAGAGGAGUGUCAUGGAGUAUUGGCGGAGAUCAAUCUUUGGACACUGUCACCACCCUACCAAACAUCCUGAAGAAAUUUAAUCCUUCCCUCAUUGGCUUCUCCCGUGGUCAUGGCUUGCUCCAGAGUAAAGGUUUCAACAUGGCAGUGCCUGGAGCCAAAGCCUAUGAUAUCCCAGCCCAAGUCCAAGCUCUUAUUAAGGCCAUGAAAGAUGACAAGAAGAUUAAUUUUGAGCAGGACUGGAAGCUAGUGACCUUAUUAGUUGGCGCCAGGGAUCUAUGUGAUUAUUGCAUAGACCAGAACAACCUCACGCCAAAAAACUACAGUGAACAUUUGAUGGUAAGCCUGGACAUGCUUUACAAAGAGGUACCGAGGGUAAUGGUCAAUGUAGUUGAGGUUAUGGAGCUGAAUCCAUUGAGAAGUGUGAGAAAGAAAGAUCCGCUCUGCUCCUUCCUGCAAAGGAAUGCUUGUCCCUGCUUUCUGAACCCUGAAGAAAAUUCCCCUGAGCACACAGAGGUUAAAAGGAUCAACCAGGAAUACCAGAUGGAGACUGAGCGACUGGUCUAUAGGGGGCGCUAUGACGGUCGAGAGGACUUUACCGUUGUAGUCCAACCCUACUUACAAAACUCCUUUGUCCCUUUCAUAGAAGAUGGGAAACCUGACCUGAGUUUCUUCUCUGUGGACUGUUUCCACAUUAGUGAGCGAGCACACGCUGAGAUGGCCAUCGCUCUCUGGAACAACAUGUUGGAACCGGUGGGCAUGAAGCAGUAUUACAACAACUUCACAUACGACCGCACCAAGAUCAACUGCCCCUCUGAGGAAAAACCGUUCAUCUUUACAAAGGUCAAUAGCCUCCUAGGUCUGCCUGUUACGCCCACCACACCUGCAACAGUCAGUGGCAACCCCACCACCCCUGGCAUUGUGCUCCAUUGUGACACAUCCAUACCGAUGUGGCUGCCCGUACUGCUGGGAGUCAUUGGCUUACUGAUUGGCUGGGGAUUCACCUGGCUACUUAUGACAUGCAGAGAACGGCGAAACAAGAGAAACAUGGGAGUGAAAGGAGUUGAAAUGAAAGGAACAGUUUUUUAACAUUUCCUUUCAUUUCCUGACAUUUUGCCCAUUUAGGAGAUGCUCUUAUUCUGUAAACUACGUAACUGACCAAUUAGGACUAAGUGCCUUGCUCAAGGGCACGACUACAGCCUUUUUAACUUGUCUCAUCAGGGAUUUGAAAGCUGACCUUGCAGUUACUGGUCCACUGCUCUAAAGAUGAGGGUAUCUGACACUUAAUGAUAUUCAAAUUAACAUUUGUUUCACAGAUUUUCUGUCAUUUGUCUUUUUAAGUAACUGGAAUUUUGAUCAUUCAAAUUAGUUCAGAAAAAUAUCUGCUGCAUAGAUUUCUAAUGUACAAAGCUAAAAGACCAAUUAGUGGAAAACAAAACAUCAGAAUAGGGCCUUAAAGAGAGUUUGAUAGGAGUACAAUGGAUCAGUUGUAAAGACACACACACACAUGUAGUAUCAAACAUAAACAAAUUGUAUAAAAAGUAUGUAUGUAAUGGAUUUGUGAUAUUUUUUUGUAUAUGCACACUGAUUAUGGCAGUUUCUUCCUAUUGUCUUGUUUGAAUAAGGUCUGUUUUGCACACAUUGCAUUAACUAUAAAUGUCAUAUUCCUUUGUAUUUAUUUUAGAUAAUAAACAAUUUUGAUUCGAUUCAA